GUGAAUUUUCCCAGUGAAGUCUGGAAUAUUCCGGAGAAAUCGACAAACUUUUAAACUGAGAGUAUAAAGCGAGCCGAAACAGAAAGGAGAAAAAUAGGAGAGACACAUUUGCUGUUCAAAAACUUGUUUGAAGCCGGACGGAACGUAAAGAGGAUGGGCGAGGACAGACGUCACCCCCGUGGCCUGGAGGGUGUGCUGAGGUUGGCAGUGGAGGCUGGUUCUGCGUCUGAGGGGCCAGGACUCCAGGAACCCAUGUCAGAUGAAAGGAGGGCGUUCUUGCAGGCGGCGCUGGCGGAGGUGUGUAAAGGGCAGAUGGAUGAGGUGGAGCAGAUGAAAGAGUGUCUGGCCGUACUGAUGAAGGAUAGAGAGAGUGAGGAAGAGGAAGACGAGGAAGAUGGAAAAGAGGCUGCACUAGAGCUGCUGUCUGACCUCUGUGAAAACCUGGAUAAUGCCAGAGACCUGAUGAAGCUUGGUGGGCUGGAGCUUUGUGUAUCUCGUUGUUUGUGCCAUCCUGAAGCUGGCAUGCGGUGGCGUGCCGCCCAGCUUAUUGCCAGCUGUGCCCAGAAUAUGCCUGAAGUGCAGUGUCACUUACUGAACCAGGGGGCGCUACACACCCUCCUUCAGCUCACUGACAACGACACACACUCCACAGUCAGAGUCAAAGCCCUCUACGCUGUCUCCUGUUUGGUGCGCGAGCAGGAAGUGGGUUUGCGUGACUUCCUGUCUAAAGAUGGUUUCUCUGUGUUGAUGAGGGCAAUCCAGUCAGACUGUGAAAAACUCCAGACGAAAGCAGCCUUCCUGCUGCUCAACCUUCUCACCAGUCACCCCGAACACAAAGACACCGUGCUGUCCAUGGGGAUGGUGGAGCAGUUGGUCUCUGUUCUUCGUUCUCCUCACUCGUCUGUCCAUGAACAUGUGCUUGGCGCCCUCUGCUGUCUGGUGGAGGACAGUGCACAGGCUGUGAGCGAUUGCAGAGCGCCCUCUCUUGGUCUGGAGGAACUGCUAAACCAGAGAAUUCAGGAGCUGAGGGGCAGAGAGGAGAGCCAGAGUUUGAGUUUUGUGAGCGUUUGCGUACGACGUGUUUCCGGCCUCAUCAUGUGGAAGACAAUGGCAUGGAUCGCUGAGUCUCUGCUGAUUGGCUGUCCUGCCGUGUAGUGACUGCUGACUGGCUGUCCUGCCGUGCAGUGCCUGCUGAUUGGCUGUCCUGCCGUGCAGUGUCUGCUGAUUGGCUGUCCUGCCGUGUAGUGACUGCUGACUGGCUGUCCUGCCGUGCAGUGCCUGCUGAUUGGCUGUCCUGCUGUGCAGUGACAGGCCAGGCCCUGGACAUUUUGACCAUGUUGAGAUUUUAAUGUGUGUGUGUGAGAGAGAGCUUGGAGAGAAGGAUAUUAGACUCUGAAUUGACUUUGCAGAGACACACUUGUAUACAGAUCAAAGUUCCUUUCUCUCUUUCUCUCUCUCACUCUCACACACACACAAACACACACUCACAGUUUGUAUCAGUUACUCUUGUAUUUUAUUGUACUUUGCCAAGAUAUGUUCAUGACCAGGACAUUUCUUAUGAUAAACAUGUAGAAC